CGGAAGCUAAAUGUUUAUUCCGGUUGGGUCUGGACAGGCGACAACGACAACUAAUACUCAGCCAGAAUCAAAUAAAUAAAGGAUUAGUCUGGAGUUACCGUGAGCGUGAGCCUGUAACGCUGUCCACAAUGUCCAGGCAAUCCAACCGAACAACAGACAGCAAAAAGAUGAACUCUGAGCUGUUUACAUUAACCUAUGGGGCCUUGGUGACCCAGCUCUGUAAAGACUACGAGAACGAUGAGGAAGUCAAUAAGCAGUUGGACAAAAUGGGUUACAACAUUGGUGUGCGUCUGAUAGAAGACUUUCUGGCCCGCUCCAGCGUCGGCCGGUGUCAGGAUUUCCGAGAAACAGCUGAUGUCAUCGCGAAGGUUGCAUUUAAGAUGUAUUUGGGAGUCACCCCAAGCGUAACCAACUGGAGCCCAGCAGGAGACGAAUUCUCCCUCAUCUUAGAAAACAACCCACUGGCCGACUUUGUGGAGCUUCCAGACAACCACAGCACCCUUGUCUACUCCAACCUGCUGUGCGGCGCUCUUAGAGGAGCUCUGGAGAUGGUCCAGAUGGCCGUGGAUGUGAAAUUCGCCCAGGACACCCUCAGAGGAGACGGCGUGACAGAAAUCCGCAUGAAGUUCAUCAAGCGGAUCGAAGAAAACCUUCCAGCAGGAGAUGAGUGACGGAGCCUCUUCUGUUUCAUUUUUCCAUUCUUAUAAACACGGAGGAAACAUGGAAGCUUCUUAAAGGACGGUGAAAGAGAAACAUAAGAUCUAAAAGAAAAGUGAUUAGGAACUUGGACCUGGUGAACUGGCUUUGAACAGCACUGUUUUAGAAAAUAUACCACCUCUGUAUAUUUUUGUCACUUUAAAACAACACUUUUUUUUGUUUUAUUUUGAUACAUAUCUGUCUUAUUUGGCAGGAAACUUGAGAGAUUCAUGUUUGUCCAUUUUUUUUUUAAAUUUUAUUUUGAAGGGUGUUUCCUUUUUCCUUAAAGUCUGUGUGGCCAGUUAUCUGGCAUGUUAAUUUAUGAAGAUUUCAAGUAAAAAUCAGCACAUUUAUUGUAAUGAUUGUGGCGUUUGUUUCACUCCACACCUUCACAUCAUUUGUGGGUAACAGUUAUGUUUAGGGGACGUUGGUAAAUUUCUGUUUCCUGUCGAUGAUGGUGGGUCCAUCUUGUCUGCAGCCAAGUCACCUGAUCGGUUCCCACAUCCCUUCCUCUUUUUGACCAACAUUGGGACAGUUCGACAAUGUUAUUUAGAUUUACUUCUGUAAUUCGUACAUUUGUGAAAUGCAGCCAUGUGUUCUGAUUUUUCACAUGUGCAGUAGCAGUCCCGAUCCUAAACAUUUCUUUUUAUUGGUCAACAUUAAAAUAAACUUUUUGAUUAUUAUGAAGA